UUUUGAGAAUUUGGGUGGAGGUCUCGUGCGAAAAAUGAUCCCACAGAAAUAAGAAAAGAAGAAGAAGGUUAUUUUUGGUUGUUCAAUAAGUUAAUAUAAUGGACGAAUCUCAGCUUUUACAAAAGAAGUUGUAUUUCUUAUUGGAAGAAUUACAAAAUAUGGCUAGUGAAUUGUCGCCAAAGUAUCAAAUGCGUUUACCUUAUGAACUUUUGUCUAGUUUGGCCAAUUGCCUGUUAAAUGAAACGGUAUUUGAGAUCGUGAAGGGAUUGUUGGAGAUACAGCAAGUAACAGAGCAGCACCUUUUCCAGCAAAGAUUGCAGUUUAUUAAUUCAAAAAAAAGUUUGUUGAAAACACAAUUUGAAGAACAAGAUUUAUUGAAGACAUAUGAAAAUGAUUCAGAUAAGAAGAUAGAAGUUUUACAAAAGUUUAUGAUUAAACAGAAAGAAGAACUAAAAGCUUUUGAUAUGAAACUGGUACUUGAGUUAGAUAAAAAAGUUGCCGAUCAACAACACAUUUUGGAACAAGCCGGAGUUCCAGGUUUCUACCAUACAAAAAAUCCAUUAGAAGUUAAAGUUCAAAUGCACCUUUUAGAUUUUCUGUUAAGGUUAAGCUGCAUGCAAAUGCCUGUUUAAUGUGUGUGGAUAUUUUUUCUAAUUAAAAUAUUGAAAACA